AUGACCUACGCGAUGACCUACAACUCCCAGCUGGAUUGGUGGAACCAACCUGUGAACAACAUUCACCGCCUGUCAAUCACUCCUCACUGUCGCUCUGACAGUAUUCAUGCGUCAGAAUACCCUUUGCAACAGCAGAAUUCAGAGUGUGACUCCGAGUUCUUCGCACCAGCUCACGUCAAUGAUGUAUACCAAAGCACUCAGGCUAUGCCCAACUACUGGGUCGGUGAUUUGCCUCAGUUCACCGAGACCUCUAUGCCUUUUGCUUUGCUUCCUACUCAAACCACGCCUGGAAACUACGCGAGCCAAUGUAUACCAUCAGCAUCACUACCUCCAGCUGCUUUUAGCAAGGAACCUCUGCUCAUCGACCAAUUUUCCAACAACGAUCUGACGGCGUUCGAUAACACCAAUCCAACCUCAUUCUUUCACAGCCAGGUUCUCCCUCUAUCGGAUGUGCCGGCCUUGGAUUAUGAUAACGUGUCAGAUGAGAAUGCGUAUGGCCGUAGGCAAUGGACCGAUUCUCCCAUGCCAGAUGAAAUCGACAGUCUGGCAGGUUCUGGUGAGACUGAUGACAGCUUGGAGAACACGGAUCCAUGCUAUGCGGAACUACUCAGGCAGGCCUUGAUGGAGAAGAAAGACGAUCACACCAUGCUUCUCAAGGACCUCUACGAGUGGGUUCGCACUCACAGUUCGAAAGCUCAGGAUCCUAGCAACAAGGGCUGGCAGAACAGCGUGCGCCACAAUCUUUCCAUGAACGCGGUUGGUGCUUUCCCUCCACCCAACCAAGAGGCAGGCACCAAGAAGACAAGCUACUGGCGACUUACCAAGCAUGCUGUCGAGCACGGCAUUAGCUCAACUACUCGCUACCGCAAAGAUAGCAAGCGCAAGACGCAACGCAAUCCCAAUCCCGCACCCAUCCGAGUUCAGGCAGGCGCCAAGGGUGGGCAGGCAACUCGCAGAUCUGUCCGCCGCCAGCAGAUGGCUGCCUCUCCACUGAGCAACCACUCAUCCUCUUUCGAGGCGGCACGUCAACGCAAUCUUCGCCGACCACAUCAGCUUCGCCAGCAUCCCAUCACUCAAGUCGACACAUCCCCGUUACAGCAACAACUCCCACAGACUUUACCCAUCAACACACCAUCCUACUUUGGAAACACAACAGAGAUGUUCAACGUUCCCAACCCCUAUCCGGCCGACAACAACAUCGACGACAAUCGCGAUCUUUUUGGACCAUAUUGCAGCACUCAACCAUACCUAGACUGGUCUACCUCGCCUUCACCCAUGAGCCAGCCCGCCAGUGAGACUAGCGGUUGGCGGAUGGAUCAAAAGCCCUUCGGUAUCUGA